UAUUGUUGUUGUUGUUGUUGUUGUGCCGUCCGGAUCUCUUCUCGGGGCUAUCGUCUGUCCUCGUAUCUAUCGGUACACAUCGGUAGUGGUGCGUGGCCCUGUUCUCCGGUGGGUGUCGUUGGCGCGUUGGUGCGCCGUCCCUACCCACCCUACCGAUCCUACCUGGUCGCGACGUGGCGGCCGGCCGCCGGUUUCCUCGUUUCGAUAGCCGCGUACCCGCACUGCGGUCGACUCUCGGCUAGAUACGGGGGCCGGUGUUCGCGCGCGUCUCGGUGACAGUCCUCCCGGUGAUUGGCCACGAGCACGACCGCGACGAGGACCGCGACCGCGACGGUUACGCGUCCGGUUUCACGCGCGAGACAAGCUUACGACGACGACGACGACAGUGACGGCGGCGGCGGCGGCCACGGCACCGGCGACAGCACCCGCUACGGCCACGACGUCGGGUACGUGGGGGAUAUGUGCGGGUGCGCCACGUCCACGCGACGAGGACUGGGGACUGCUGCGGGUAAAUCGGCACGGCGCACCAAGUCCUCGUGCUCCCUACACAGCAAGCCCGGGAUACGGUAGCUCGUCCUUCACCGUUACUCCUCAUCGACGCCCGCGGGCAAUGUGCCCACCCGCCGGCAGAGCAACGGGUGGACAAGGCGUACGAUGCUUAGGGAUGCUUGGUCGAACGACGGUGGGAAAGGCUGGUGGCGAUGGUGGUCUAGGUUGGGCGGAUUGCUGGCGAUGGCGACGGCCAUUUCCUGUCUUGUUGCCCCGUUUCCGGGUGCCUCGGCCAAUUCGGAAGCGAAGCGUCUCUACGACGACCUGCUGUCCAACUACAACCGCCUCAUCCGCCCCGUUGGCAACAACAGCGAUCGCCUCACUGUCAAAAUGGGACUGCGCCUCUCCCAGCUCAUCGACGUUAACCUGAAGAACCAGAUCAUGACGACGAACGUUUGGGUGGAACAAGAGUGGAACGAUUACAAGCUGAAGUGGAACCCGGAUGAUUAUGGCGGUGUCGACACCCUCCACGUGCCGUCGGAGCAUAUAUGGUUGCCGGACAUUGUUCUUUACAACAACGCCGAUGGCAACUACGAGGUGACCAUUAUGACCAAGGCAAUUUUGCACCAUACGGGGAAGGUCGUGUGGAAACCGCCGGCCAUCUAUAAAUCAUUUUGCGAGAUCGACGUGGAGUACUUCCCCUUUGACGAGCAGACUUGCUUCAUGAAGUUUGGUUCGUGGACUUACGACGGGUACACGGUCGACUUGCGACACCUUGCCCAGACCGAAGACUCGAACCAGAUCGAGGUCGGGAUCGACCUGACCGACUACUACAUUUCCGUCGAGUGGGACAUCAUAAAAGUGCCUGCCGUGAGGAACGAGGCGUUCUACAUAUGCUGCGAGGAGCCCUACCCCGAUAUCGUGUUCAAUAUCACCCUACGCCGCAAGACCCUCUUCUACACGGUGAACCUGAUCAUACCGUGCGUGGGCAUAUCUUUUCUCUCGGUGCUGGUGUUCUACCUGCCGAGCGACAGCGGGGAGAAGGUCUCGCUCUCGAUCUCGAUCCUGCUGUCGUUGACGGUGUUCUUCCUACUGCUCGCCGAGAUAAUCCCGCCCACGUCGCUAACGGUGCCGUUGCUCGGCAAGUACCUACUGUUCACCAUGGUGCUGGUCACCCUUUCCGUGGUGGUGACGAUAGCCGUGCUGAACGUGAACUUUCGAUCGCCCGUCACCCACCGGAUGGCGAGGUGGGUGAGGGUGGUGUUCAUACAAGUGUUGCCGCGUUUCCUUCUCAUCGAGAGGCCGAAGAAGGACGAGGACGAGGAGGAGGAGGAGGAGGUGGUGGUGGUGGGGAGGAACGGGGCCGGGGUUGGCGCGAUGAACGCCAACGGGGAGGCGGUCGGCGAGGUGGACGAGGACGACGACGACGACGGGGACGACGACGACGACGACGACGUGGAGGCGGCGAACGGGAAACCGGCCGAGGGCAUGCUCACCGAUGUGUUCCAUGUACAAGAGACUGACAAGUACGACGCGUACUACGGCAACAGGUUCAGCGGGGAGUACGAGAUACCUGCCCACGGUCUGCCACCGUCGGCGACCAGAUACGACCUUGGCGCGGUGGCCACCGUGGGCACGACCGUAGCGCCCUGCUUCGAGGAGCCCCUACCCUCGCUCCCACUGCCGGGGGCUGACGACGACCUCUUCGGCCCGGCCAGCCCCGCAUACGUUCACGAGGACGUCAGCCCCACAUUCGAGAAGCCGUUGGUUCGCGAGAUCGAGAAGACCAUCGACGAUGCCAGGUUUAUCGCUCAGCACGCCAAGAACAAGGACAAGUUCGAGAGCGUGGAGGAGGACUGGAAAUACGUGGCGAUGGUGCUCGACCGGAUCUUCCUGUGGAUAUUCACGGUGGCCUGCGUGCUCGGCACGGUGUUGAUCAUUCUCCAGGCGCCGAGCCUGUACGAUACCACGAAGCCGAUCGACAUCAAGUACAGCAAGAUCGCGAAGAAGAAGAUGAUGCUGAUGAACAUGGGUCCCGAGGAGGACUAGUCGACGAUCCCGCGCGGCCCCGCGCCGCGUCCACAGCGGCAGCUGCCACGUCGUCGUCGUCGCAGUUGUCAUCGCGACUAUUGUUGCCGGCAUCGUCGUCGUCGUCGCCGUCGCCGUCGUCGUCGCCGUCGUCGUUGUCGUCGUCGUCGUCGUCGUUGUCGCCGUUCUCGUCAUCAUCCUCGCCGCUGCCGCUGCCGCCGCCGCCGCCGCCGCCGCCGCCGCUGUCACCGUAAUCGUGGUCGUUGUCGUGGCCGUUGUCGUGCAACGGCCGCCGCCCAUCAUCCAAACUGCCGAUUUUCGCGUCGACGCGCAACAGGACCCUCUCUCGAUCGCUGCCGCCAGAGAUGAUAGGAGGAGCACGGCCGGGAAACAAUAUUGUUUGCACGACGAGGAGUCAAGGAGGAGGAUUCCGCGAGGAGGUGGCGUCGAUCUUUCCCUCUCCGAACUCGCGAGGAAGGGGAUCUUGUCCUAUGGAUUUCGAUUCCUGAAACUGUUUCGAGACUGUUUUUGAGUGUUGAGUAUUGAGAGGGGGAGGGAAGACGAGAGAGAAAGAGAGAGAGAGAAUGAACGGCGUGGACGAGCGAGUGAUGGGGGAGGAGAGGAGUGAGAAAGUAGCGACGAGGGUGAGCGAAUGAGGGGUUAGCCGAGAUUGUCGAGAGAGAGAGAGAGAGAGAGAGAGAGAUGAGAUGAGAGGAAUGGGGGAGGGGAGGGCAAGAGAGGGGAGAAAAAGUGCCAAAUACGCGAAACACACGCGCAACGUAUUUUUGUAAAUCUGGUUUCAUACGUAAGGCUAGAGUCGUGCGGCGAGACGUCGAACUGCCCGAACUGCCGAUUUUAUAUAAGAAGACGUUUAAGAGACACACACAUACACGUACACACAUAUACACAUACACAGAGAAACACGCGCAAGGCAUACAUUACUUGACACACGUAUGUAUAUAUAUAUAUAUUUAUAUAUAUACGCUCACGCAGAUAUAUAAUAUACUCGUACACACACAUACAUUAUGGAGGAGAUCGGUUACGAGAGAGACGAUUUCUUGAUCACGCAUCUGAGAAUCCGUGCGCAUAUCUACACGCGCAUAUAAGUAUAAAACACAUUUUUGGGUAAAUAUUUGCGCAGAGGAUCGCACGUUGCAAUUUAUAUACAUACAUAUAUAUAUGGUGAGAAGGGUUAAAACUGAGAAUGGAGAGAAGAAGAAGAGAGAAAAGGAAUAAAGGAAAAAAAAAAGAAGAGAAGGACGAGAAAGCAGGGAAUGGAUCGCGAGAGAAGAGACGAUGACACGCGUAUGCGCACGCGUGUACGUAGACAGACGCGCUACUAUCUGUAUGAACGUGCGUAGAUAUACUCGACCGACGAUCUCACACAACGUACGAGCACACACAACGCGAUAUAUUCAUCCCCAUAUUCUCGACACAUCGUAUAAUCACGGGGGUGCGCCGCGCUCGCGCGGGCACGAAACACGCCGACACGCACAACCGAGCACACGAACAUACGAGCUUGGAACCAAAAGGGGAGGGGAGGGGAGCACGGAGCGCACGACGAAGGAGGAGAAGUGCCAUUAUCAACGGGACGAAGAAGAAUGGGACGAGGUCGGUGAUUAUCGUGCCGGGAAACGACGCGCGCUGCCCUCGCGUUGCUCGAGAGGGAGAGGGGGAGACACGAAGGAAGGUAAAAAAAGAGGAAGGGAAACACCGAAACUAAAAAUUUUCCCCGUUUCUUCUCCCUCCUUUUUUUUUUAAUCACGCUUUUCUUCCGACAACUUCUUAUCAUUUCUCGUUUAAUCAAUAGUAUCGAAAACUUUCUUUUCGACGUUCUCGUUUGUGAUCCAGGCAACCUUUCACCCUCCUCCAAUUAAUCCCAAAAUUGCAUAAAUUCCUAGGUGAAUCCACAGAGCGUUGUCCAAAGAAUUGUUUAACAACGAGCACGCGUUUGUCUGGCAGCCACCGAUCUAGCAAUUCCAUCGUAUCGAGCGGACGAUAACCUUCUUCGUCGUGCGUGUUUCCAAAGAAAUAUACCGAGAGAGAGAGAGAGAGAAAGAGAGAAAGUGUGUGUGUGUGAAAGAGAGAGAGAAAGAGAGACAGAGAAAGGAGAAGAUCGCGAGCGGAGAAGCUCGCAAACAACUGCCAACUUUAGGAGCAACGGCCUCUUGAGAGAUCCGAUCGGUUCUCAGGAGGAGGAAGUUGGGGGGAGGGGGGUUAUCGAUAAGUUUGAAGAAUGGAAACAGCAGGGCGGGAGGGAUGACGUGGAUGUUGUUUGGCAGGAAGAUUCGACGUACCAGAGCGCGGCGUUAUCAGCGUGUUUCUCCUCUUCCCGGCUGAGGACCAAUCGAGAUUCGUCCAAAAACGUCACCGUUUUUUCUACCCUCUGUCCUAUCUGUCUACGAUUCGCCGCGUGAUGGACGAAAUCCAUGAUGGCGAUCUCUCCUCGUUGGAACGUUGGAAAAUGGCGAAAAUGACGCGGGGCGAAUUCUCUCCCCGACAAUUGCGCGUCUUCCCUCGAAAAGAUCGUCGGUAUCGAUACCGAUCCUAUCUUAAAGAGAUAUCGGGGAAGAGGGAGGGAGAGAGGGAGGGUACGGCGACCAAUCGAUCAUCAUCUUCGAUCAAUUCCAUCCCGAACGAACUUUGUCUCUUUCGUUUUUCAUUAUAAGAAAAAGAGGAAGAAUCCUUCGAACCAAUUCUCAAAGUUUCCUCUUUAUUCCACGAUUUUGUUUUAUAUACCUCGAUCUCGAUGCUCGAUCGAGAUCGGCAUCCAAACCGGAGGAGAAGGAAGGAAGAUAAGGUAGUUGGGGGGAGAGAAUCAUGGACUGUUUAUUCCUCGGCUGCGAUUUCGCUGCGCUAAAGUGGGCGGAAGUGGCGAGCCAUUUCGAAUCCGGAGGGAUACGAGGGGAAGAACAAUGAGAACGGGUUCAAAGGGCAAACACGGUGUUCCCCAGCUGUGCGUUCCAACGACGACGAGAUUAUCGGAUGUUAUUCGGAAGUGGGCGCGCUGGUACGCCGAAAAUCCUAUUACUCCUGUUUCGAAGAGGGUGACACGCGUCUCGUCUCCCCCGUUGAGACUCGCGAAAUCGAGAUUCACUCGCUUCUGGGAACGCGUGAUAGGAUCCUCAAUGGCCCAAAAUGGAUAACACACAAAUCACGAAAGCUUUCGAGACGUUGGAAACUCGUCGAUGCCGAUGCACGGUAAACCGUUGUUUCUCUCACAUCACGGAGAGAGAGAGAAAGAGAGAGGGGAGGGGGAACACCUCGUUUCGAUACGAGCCAUGCCUUGGUAUACACAUACAUACACACACACCAAUGAUUUCUUACGUCUUCGCGAAUCCUUCGUGCCACGUCCUCGAGCGAAUCGUUCCAACGUUCUCGAAAAAUGCUUUCCUCCACCAGUCUUUCAAGGUACCCGAGAACUUCCGGGAAAAGAAAAGAGAAAGGGAAGGAGGAAGGGAGGGAAAAAAAAGAAAAAGAAAAAAAAAAGAAAGAACAAACCUCAAAGUUCUACGAACUCACGCUUAAGCCAUUCAGUCUUUCAAAAGCAUCGACCAUUCUCCGGUUCGAACGCGACGCUCAAAGCGUGCUCGAUUCGAACGUUUAUCGAUCGAAAGGAUGAUCCACCGUCGAACGCCCAUCGUUUUGGCCACAUGUACCAAAAAAAAAAAAAAAAAAAAAAAAAAGGAACGGAGAUAGAGAGAGAAAGGGAGAGUGUGUGAGAGAGUGAGAGAGAGUGAAAGAGAGAGGGAGCAAGGGAGCAAUACACACAGUGCGGAGCAAAGGAAAACGAGACACGAAGCUCAUUGGGUGGGCCGGCGAGCGCGUUGAACGCGCACACUCGUGCAUGCAUACACACACAGAGAGACAUUGUUUGUACACUGACAGUGAAAAUACGAAGGAGACGAAAGGAGGAGCGGAGGCGGGAGAGGCUAACUGAACGGCCGCUCCCCCCAUCCGCGAACCGGUAUAUAAUAAUCAAUUUAUUUGCUCACGUAAAGGUAACGGUAUAAUAUAUAUAUUUAAUAUGUGCAUAUUAGGUAAUAAAUAAACAGGAGGUUAAUCACACGAAAUAAUAAUAAUAAUAAUAAUAAUAAUAUUAAUAAUAAUAAUAAUAAAAAUAAAAAUUAAAGGAAAAGAACUAAACGUAACCCGAGAACGAUUGACUCGGGCAGCCCGUGGGGGCCGUGGUGAUGAUGGUGGUAGUGGUGGUGGUGGUGGUGACGUUGUUGGUGAUGGUGAUGGUUGAUAAUAGUGUGCAAUAGUACCGGGACGUUACCGUGUCGAACGCCGAUCCGAUGGACAAAUGGGAUGGGACGAACGCGAGUGUCUGUAGGAAAUGCAGGGGAGGGGAGGAGGAGGGGGAUGAUCGAGCUUCCGCCGAUCGAGUUGUUACGAGGAGUGUGUUACGAGGAGGAGGGGGAGCGGAACGCGAGAGAAACGCGAUUUCGCGACACCGUUGCGAGGAUUAACUUUCCUUCCGGAGCGCAACUUUUGUCCGAAAGUUUUUGACAAACUGCCAAUAUUUAUGAUUUAUCGAGGGACCGCUCCUUGUCGAACAGAGAUAGUGGCGGGGGUCCGAUAUCUUGUCGGAACGUUUUCAAAAUUCAGAGAUCUAACGCAAUUUUCUUCUUAACUUUAAUUCGAUCGAAUUUAUUAAUUUCUUCGCCACAGAGAGAAUAUUUCGCGGUGGAAAUAUUUUUCGCCGGAUCACCGUUUCCUCGAAAUUCGACGCGUUGCACCCGCCGUUUCUUUCCUGCUAUGCUAUUAUUAAUUUACGACUCGGCUUAUUACUCACAACUUCGAACGCAGGCGUGCCGCGUUAUUGCGCGACGCGUCACGCGGCGUAUGCACCCGAUGGGUGUUGCGUCGAAUGUGGAGGCGGCAGAGGGGGGAGGGAGGGGGGAAUUAAACUCGUCGGAUUCUCUUUCGAAGGCCAGAACGAACGUCAUAACGAGACUUUGCGCGAAAAAUCGGCUCGAAUUUCCGAUCCCUCUUCUAAUUUCCUCGAAAAUAAAAUUCGACAUUCGAUUACGCGGAUCGAUCGAUUGAUUUCUCUCCGCCCUGUCGAUUGCGAUUGCGAAUGCUUGUCAAGUAUAUUUCGAGUUUUCGAGCUAAUGGAAAAAGAUCGUUAUAAUCGCGAUCGUUAUAUAGCCGCGUUCGCGAUGUUCGAAAUAAUUUUAAUAACACCUCGGGAACGUGAUUAACGUAUUAACUUGUGUUGAUUAUUACAAAGCGGAUUAACUAGACGAGGGAAGGCGAAAGUUUUCAAUCGAAUGAAAUUUCGAGAUUCGUUGUUUGCAGUGUUUGGUUAUCCGGAUUCGAGUUUCAAUUUUUCACGAGAUAAAAAGAAGAAGGAAGAAAGAGAAAAAGCGGGGGAGGGGGAUAAAAUAAAAUAAAAUGGGCAAAAAGAAAGGAAAAGGAAGGGAGAGUGUAAAAAAAAACGUAACGUAACGCGUGGAAAAGUUAAUCGACACAACGUGUAGCGGAUUGCUGAAACGCGCGCGAACGAGUAAUUUCAACAAUAAUAAAACAAUGGCGGAACGACGGCCAUUGUUCCAUCGCUUCCCCUCCCCGUAUCAUCCCAUCAUGCCUCGUCGACAACAAUAAUUGAUACGAUUAGAGCGUUAAGGAUGAGAGAGAGAAACGUGAAAUAAAAAGAACGCGAAAGAAAAGGAAAGAAGAAGAAGAGGAAUAAGAAGAAGAAUAACGGGCAACAGAAGAAUUAAAUUAAGUUAUUUGAUGGAAAAAAAGAACGAGGAAGAGUAAGGAACGAAAUGAAAAUAAUGAAAACGAUUUGAGGAAAUUUUACGCUGUAAUGAUAGAAAAAAAAAAAUGAUAACCGUUGUCUCGUUAAACGUUAAGUUGAUAUCCUUUGAUAAUAAAUCCAUGACAAUGAAACGUAAGAAUACAGGGAGGGAGAGGGGGUGGAGGGAAAAGAACAAGAGAAAGAGAAGUAGAAGGAAGAGAUCGAACGAUGAAAGAGGGAGGGAUUGAUCGGUCGUCGUCGAUUCGAUCCAUCCUCGAUGUUCCCCCUUUUUUUUUUUUUUACGAUCGUAUCGAUCGACGACGCAUCGGCUUGAGGAAGGAAUCUGCACGAGAACGAGAACGAGAUUAGGUUUAAAUCGUGUACAUUAUUAAUAAUGAUAACAACGUCGUUUUAGCCGCGUCGUAAAUCGGGCAUCGUUGCGAUCCACUGAUCCGAGGGGUUGUUUGAUCGAAGGGCCCGGCGUUUAUAUUAUGCGCGUGUGCGCUAAUGUGGGAAUCGGAGCCUCGUAACGUUGUCGUGCCUGUUCGUCCCUAUUAAUAGUACGUUCACCCUGUAAAAAUCGUCGAACUCCGAUCGCGCGUUUUUCCACUCUCGAAAAGCGAUUUUUCUUUUCUUUUUUUUUUUUUUUUGUUUUUUGAGAAGAACGAAUCAGAGAUUUCAUUUAUCGAUAUAUAUUAUCUCCUUCGAUAUAUUAUUCGUUAACAAAAGAAUAUUGAUAUUUGCAAACGAGUCAUUUUAUAUUCACGGUUUUUCUUUCUUUUUUCUUAUAGUCGAUCAAAGUAUCUAUUUGUUAACGUUUAUCAACGGAUUGAUCCGAGCUCAAUCUCACCGUUAACCCCCUUUUUUCCACGGUUGCGGAUUUUUCGCGAACGUGUAUCGCGGAAAAGGGGAUCCUUCUCGCGAUUGAAUAGACUCCGCUCGAGGAGGAACGAUGAAUAAUCUCUCGAGGUGAAUGGGGACGCGAAAUAAUUCUGUUUCAUCCGGUUUCCGAGGUGUCCGAGUGUAGGAUAUAUCCAGGACGAAAUUUCUUCUUUUUUUUUCUUUUUUCUCCACCCUCGCCGGAGUGGCAGAGUCGUUUCAGCGCGCGGACGUCGAACAAGCCUGGGCAAGGGGUUGUGAAAGGCCGGCCAGGCGAAACCGAGCGUCGUAAUUGAAUUUUUCAGUCGCCCCGAGCCUUCGUAGAUGCACGAUUCAUUAGCAGUGUAAACCCCAGGGCUCGAAAUUAGGGCGGGCAUGUAAGGUAAACGAGGGAACGAACGCCCGGCAAAUGGAUUAAAGCGAGCGAGUUCUGAUUCGGCGAACGUGCGCCCGUUCUCACGGGGCCAAGGAGGGAGGCACGAUUAUCACGGACGUGUCCACCUUUCCCUUGGACGAGCCGGGGCCAGAGGUUUUUGAUUAAAAUUUCGAGGCUUGCUCCUCCUUACUCCGCCCGCGUUCACUUCGCCUCGUUCUCGUGUCUCUCGUCCCUUGUCCCAGGAUCGAGCGAUCUAGGAAUCUGAAAUGCGAUCUAAAAAGGUGGGUGGAAGAAGCGCGCGCGAUCGGAAAGUAUAAUCAGGUAACAGAGAGAGAGAGAGAGAGAAAGGUUAAAAAGAACAUAAAAAAAUGCAAAAAAAAAAAAAAAAGAAUGGCGAAAAAUCCGUCUUCCUAUCUUCGUGUUUUUCCAGUUUCUCGCUGUUCUCGCGUAUCCGUUACACCGGAUACAUGGUUACACCGAUAACACCGUUGUUUGUGAAGAUUACAUAUACAUACAUACUCAAUCAUACGUACAUACAUACAUACAUACAUACAUACAUACAUACAUACAUAUUGCAUACCGUGUGACUGUGCGUAGAAUUAUUAAAAAAAAAAGAAAAAAAAGGAACAAAACGAAACAAAAAAAAAAGAGUAACAUUAAAAACGUAUAAAAGGAAUAAGUGUUUACAAAAAAAAAAAAAAAGAAAAAACACUCGCGCGCGAUAGCCUGAUAAGCGAACUCGACAAUUUUUGCGUAAGUGAUAAUCUCGUAAGCGUUAUUUACCAAAAAUAGAUAGACCUUUCUGAUUGUGACCCUCGUGGCCGGGACUCGCGAUCGAAGCGCGACACGGAAUGAGAUAGCAAUAUCGUAACAAUAACGGUUGAUCGAGAAAUCGUUUUUCUUUUCCUGUCUCUUCUUUUUUUUUUUUUUUUUUUUAGUCACUUUAGUUCCUCAGAAUCGAAAAUCUCUCGAUCGAAUCGAUUCUCUUCGACGAUUAACGAAUCGAUCGAAUAUCUUCGAGAAAUUUCAACAUUUUAAACGCGAUAAUGGAAUAUAUUUUCGUGUAUAUUAUCGCCAAUUCUUUGAUUUUCGCGAUGGCUGAAAAAAAGGAUGGAUUGGGAUCGGAUGUAUAUCGGGCGUGGUCCGGGUCACAGUCGUCACAAACGCUCAAAUAAAUCAAGUGUACCGUGUUACCGUGUCACAGAGGCUUAAAGUCUUCCGUGGGGCAUUCCUGACAAAGAAAGACGAUUUUCUCGGGUUGAUCCGCAAACAUGAAUGCCGAGCGAAAGGGAAAACCGGGGCGAACGCAUUUAUACAACGCUGUAUUACAUAGAGAAAUUGUCGUCCAGUGGACACACAUACACACACAAACACAUAUGCACACACACACGCAGACACACACCGUCGAUUUAACGUGGGAACGUGAAAGAGGAAUGUUAAACCGUCCAUAAAGAGAAUUUACGUAACAAGUACGACGAACAACAGGGAUUUUUCGUUUCCGUUUCGCGAACGGGAAUUUUGUACUUUUCAUCCAGUGAAUGGUUCACUGCAUCGUCCGAUCGAAUAACCCCAUUGUUUCUUCGUUCUUUUUUUUUUAUCUUCACCCCCUCCUCCGAUCUUCGAAAUUUCUAUUUUUUUUUUUUUUAUGAAUUACAAUUCCUGAACGUUUUAACGAUGUUAUUAAUUUCAUUUUUCCCCCUUCUUUUUUCUUUCGUUAUAAAAAAAAAAGAAAAAGUUUCUUUCUCUCUCGUUUAUUUUCCAUUCGGAAGAAUGGAAUUUUUUUUCUUUCUUUAACAUCAGUUCGACAAUCAUAAUACAACCGAAUCGAACGAACGUCUCCUCCAUAGUCGUACGCGAAUCCUCAUACAUCAUAGAAUCUCAUUAUCGAAACAGGGCCGCAUCUCUUUACUACGGGACAAUUUUUCACGUUUUCAUCGAGACGCCUCGUAAGACUCAUAGAAGAACAAAAAAGAAAAAAAAGAAAAAAAAAAAGAGAGAAGUGGAAGCAGAGAAAACUUUUAGAUUCUUAAGUAGGAACGAUCGCGAUACAAUUGGAGAACAGUCGAGCGACGACAUUUCGCGGAAGGAAUCGCGGGAAACGCGAGGGGUGAAACCGAUUGCCUCGAAAUAAUCGCUCGAAUUUCCGCCCUCGGGGCGUUCCUCCCCCUCCUCCGUUGGCGCACACUCGCGCGGUUUCACACCUCUUUCCGCGAUGGAUAAAUAGAUCUCAUCGUCAGAUAGAGUUUCGAAGACGAAACUCAGGACAGCGUACUGCCUUCUCGAAUUUACCUCAUUCCCCAUUUUUUCCCUUUCUCUUCGAACGAGAGGAUAAUAACGUGAACGAAGCGACGACUCGAAGGGAGUAAAGGAAAACGGGGCGGGAAAGGGGAGAAUUGGCCGCGGUUUUCCGAUUCCGAAAAAUUAUCACCCUUCCCCCUCCUCCCUCUCUCCUCCGGAACAAAGAGCCGGUAUACAACGCGGCUCGAACAAAAAUAUUCAUUUAUUUUCAUUUCUUCGACCGUUCCAACCGAUUUUUCUUUCCCCCCCUCCCGUCCGUAUCUUUUUACGAACGAGCGCCGUAGAAAGGGGAAAGAAAAACAAAUAUAGAGAGAGAAUAACAAACGUGCAAUUUUGCACCACGUAAAUAAAUCGCGAAUAAAUAAUUUUCGAAAAAUCGACGGCAAGUCACUAUCGCCUCGAAACUUUUGCCCCCGAACUCAUCGAGUAGACCCACCCUCUCCCUUCUCCUUCCCUCCCUCCUCACUUCCGUUCGAUAAUAUAUAUAUAUAUAUAUAAAAAUAUAUAUAUCAUUGAAUUCGAGGGGCGCAAUAUUUUUCUACCGUGUAAUUUCAUACUUUUUCCAAUCCUCUUCGAUCUCAACAACCUUUCUCGCCGGCGACGAGGAUGUCGAGGAUGUUCGGAUAUCUCCUCUUUCUCGAUAUCUUCGUUCACGCGGCCGCCGUUAAUGGGGGAGGGGGGAGGGAGGGGAUCGGUCGAUUUCCGCGACACGCGACGGAAUUUUCGCAACCAUCAUCAUCAACGGGGGGACCGCGUUCACGAUACGCACACGCGCACACACACACACAUACACACACACAGAAAAACAAACACUUGCCAAAAGCAAAUGCACACAAAUGAAGACAGGGCAGAUAUUGUUCGAAGGCAGCAGCGGAAGGAGAAGAGGGGCGAGGGGAGCUUGGAGAGCGCCUCGAUCUCUCCCUCCGCUCCCCACCCUCCCCCCUGUGGCUGCUCAUAAUCGGGAUUAAUCAUCGAAGUCACACGACUUGGUCACGCCGCGAGAUCGAACACGAGAUUCGAUCGUUUUAUUCUCGCAGACUCGCGAUGGAAACGCGAAAGAAAACGAGCCGCUUUUUCUUUUUUUCUUUUUUUCCUUUUUUUUUUUCUUCUUUUUUUUUUUGAAAGGAUGGUGUGGCUAUAGGGAUCUCUUCGUGUGUUCGAACGGAUUAAAUCGAAAUCUUUGCUCAACGUUGCAUACGUGUUAUAUAUAUAUACAUAUAUAUAUACAUAUAAAGUAAGAUGAUGUUAUCGUCUAGUGUUGAAACAAUUUAGUGUUAACUGACACGGCCAGGGGGUGGGUCGUUGGUGUUUUUUUUUUUUUUGCCGCCACGUCGUUGCCGCAAAUGAUGUUGUUUGAAAUGUUCACGCGUUCAUGUGCGGGGAAUAAAGUGGUUUUUUUUUUUUAAAGAAAAGAAAAAGGGGAAGAAAGGGAAGAGGAACGCGACAUCAUCGAUGCGCACGAUGUGGGGGGCGGGGAGGAUGGGCCGUGAACCCGUGGGGUGGAGAGGAGAGGUUCAGAAAAAAAAGGGGUGGGAGUGUGUAGAUUUAUUAAUGGUAACGAUAGCUAAUAAUGAUAACUAAUAACGAUUUAACUAAUAACGACGCUAACGCUGUAAGGAUAAAUGAAGCAUAGUAAUAACGAGUAAUAACGAUAGCACGUGAAAAAAAUAAAUAAAUAAAUAAAUAAAUAAAUAAAAGAUAAAAAAUAAAACGCAGUAAUAAACUACCACUUAAACACAAUAAAAAAAAAAAAACGAGUUACGGUAACGUUAAACCUAAGAGUAAGAUAAAACGAGAAAAAAAAUAAUAAACGCUAAAGAAUAACAAAGUAUCGAUUAAUUAAAAAGAAAAAAAGAAAAAAAAAGUACCCUUAAAACAAGUAUAUCGAGCGCUAACUCUACUAUCGACGAUUACGAAAAACGUUAUACGGUAAUGUAUUGUUAACGAAUUUCCAAAGAGAAUUGGAAGCGAAAGAGAGAGAGAGAGAAAAGCGAAAUGGCUUAAUAAGAAAAUUUAAAGCGGGCAAAAGAAGAAGAAGAAAAAGAAGGAAGAGGAGAAGAAGAAGAGAGCGAACGAUCGUUGUUUGACGAAAGAGAAAGAGGACCCGAUAAAACUCGUGUAAAACUGAUAGUAUUGUUAAGACAAUCAGACACUUAUUGCUCCGGCCACCUCGAUGGCCAUCCGUGAAUAUUUGUUGUCGAGGUUUAUCCCUCGGAAAAAAAGAAAAAGAAAAAAAAAAUUGGAAGAUGAAGACGAGUAGGAAACGAGAAAGGUGUGGGAAGCUGGAAUCGUCCCUUCUACGUCGAACGAAGAGGGGGCGAGGGGAGGAAGCGACCCCCCAGCAAGAAAUCUUUCCUUGUAGCGAAUAAUGUAAAUGGGAGUAAAUAGAUGGAGAACGGAAUAUUUCGAAGAUGAUUGACGGAGACCUUCGACUUUUACCCCUGCAUCCACCUAUUCACCCACCCUCGUCCAAGGUAAAAAAAAAAAAAAACGAAAAUCUCGGUAGGAGGAGAGGGCUCGAUAAGUGGGGAACGGAAACAAACAACGGGGGGGAGGAAAAGGAGAGAACACGGCACGUGUUCGUCGAGUGUGCCGCGGGACGCUUUUUUCUACGCCUCACAUUUUCUACGGUUUCAAAAAAGAAAAAAGAAAAAAAAAAAUAGCACGCGAAACGAACGAUUGUUGCGAAGAACGAAUCAGGGUUUUUUUCAUCAGGAGGGAGGAGGAGGAGGAGGAGGGGGAGGGGGGGAAUUGAGGCGAUCGUCGAAGAAGAUAUUAAACCGAGCUGCGCGUUGGGGAUGUCGAGGAAGGCCACGAAAUUCGGCGAUUUCCCUCGUCUCCCGUGGGAGGGGGAAGGAGGGAGGGAGGAAGUGCGAUUUUCACGCGAGAGAGCAAGGCAUCAUUGCGAAUGAUACUCAUAAGCAAAUAUAAUAUACUCGAUAUACUCGAACACGCGGGUUGCACGCGUGCGUACGUUCGAGGAAAGCUUCGUUUCUGACUGACAACGCUUUCGUUUUCAUCGUCGAUCUUCGUCACUUGUAAAUAUAGGUUUUUGUAUAAAAAAACAGAAACGAAAGUGUGAAUCCCACGUGAAUGAAUUCGAACCAUCUCCUCUCCGGACCACCCCGUUUUGCAAACUCUCGAAUAAAACUUUCCUUAGAUCGAUCUUAAGUGAUCCCGAUUUAAAAAGGCGAACUAUGCACGCGUGCAACGAACACAGAGUGUGCAGACAAAGACAUACAUACACGCACGCAUGUACACAUAUACACAAACAUACAAAUACAUACAUAUAUAUAUAUCGCGACCGAAGGAAGAAAUACCCUCCCUCGUCGAACGCAUUUUUGCCUCCUUGGCAAGCUGAGGGAACACGAAAGGAAACGAAAGGAGCGGUGUAAAGCCACGGUUUCACCGAGUCGAUCGAUUUUUCUACCGAUCGAUCGAUCGAGUCCCAGCUAUCGAGCGAAAUAUCGAACACCGACGUGUUCGUUCUUACGAACCUCUCUUAAGUUUCUUCUCUAUCCUUCGAGAGUGGAAAAUCCAAAGCCUUUAACCCAGCUUUUAGAGAGCUCUUUCGGUCGCCCUUUCCAUUUUUUUUCUUUUCUUCUUCUUUUCUUUCGCGUUCCGUGCUUUCGCUCCCUUUUUGCCGUUUCCCGAUCGCUGGCGUUCGAAAACGCGUUCGAAAAGGGUGGGACGUAACGAAGGAAAAAACACGUACACGCAUAAAACACUUACACGUGAACG